UUUCAGAACGUAAGGAAGAUUCUGUACUGUAAUUUAAGGAAACAAUCUCGCAUUUCUAUUAUUUAUAUAUGUUUGUUUUGUUUUACUUACUGUCUUUUUAAGGGAUCAACUUUGUCUUUGAUUCCAUAGUUUGUUAAUAAUUCAGAUUUCUAAUGGAUAAACACAGAGUAUCAUUACUAUGGAGAAAUAGCUAAUAGGAAUUAAGUUUUAAUUGUGCAUUUUGUGCGCGAUUCAAGAUUGCUUAUUGAAUAUUGGAUUAUAUUUGACCGCUUGGAAUCCUUAUCCUGGCUUGCUGGUAAACUAUGAAAAUGGUUUUAUCUCAGCGCCAAAGGGAUGAGCUGAAUAAGGCUAUAGCUGAUUAUCUGGCAUCUAGCGGGUAUAUGGAUGCUCUAGAGGCAUUUAAGAAAGAAUCAGAUAUGCGUGGUGAAAUGGAUAAAAAAUAUUCUGGAAUACUUGAAAAGAAAUGGACUUCUGUAAUUAGGCUACAAAAAAAAGUUAUAGACCUGGAAGCAAAGUUAGCAGAAGCCGAAAGGGAAUUUAUUGCAGGAGCUCCUACAAGGGAUAAACGUUCCCCAUCUGAAUGGAUACCUAGACCUCCAGAACGACACUGUUUAUCUGCACAUAGAGCUCCUGUAACCAGAGUUGUCUUUCAUCCAGUUUAUAAUAUUUUAGUUUCAUCUAGUGAAGAUGCUACAAUAAAAGUAUGGGAUUAUGAAACAGGAGAGUAUGAGAAAACUUUAAAAGGCCAUACUGAUUCAGUGCAAGAUAUUGGUUUUGAUCAUACUGGAAAGUGGUUAGUGUCUUGUUCAGCUGAUAUGACAGUUAAACUCUGGGAUUUCACUCUUUUUGAAUGUAUAAGAACAAUGCGGGGCCAUGAUCAUAAUGUUUCGUCUGUGACAUUUGUACCUAGUGGAGAUCACAUAGUGUCGUCUUCCAGGGAUAAAACUAUAAAAAUGUGGGAAGUAUCAACUGGCUACUGUGUAAAAACAUUCACGGGUCAUCGAGAAUGGGUGAGAAUGGUGCGAGUCAAUCAAGAUGGAUCUCUGUUAGCUAGUUGUUCAAAUGAUCAAACAGUACGUGUGUGGGUUGUAGGCACAAAAGAAUGUAAACUAGAGUUACGAGAGCAUGAUCAUGUGGUAGAAUGCAUAGCUUGGGCUCCUGAAUCUGCUGCUCCUGCCAUCAAUGACGCUGCUGGUGUAGAUAAUAAGCAUGGUGUGAGAACUGGUCCUUUCCUGAUUUCCGGAUCUCGUGAUAAAACAAUUAAGUUAUGGGAUAUCAGCACUGGCUUAAGCUUGUUCACUUUGAUCGGCCAUGAUAACUGGGUGAGGGGUGUGAAGUUUCAUCCGGGAGGCAAAUAUAUUGUCAGUGCAUCGGAUGACAAAACACUGCGCAUUUGGGAUGUGAAGAACAAGCGCUGCAGUAAAACAAUUGAUGCACAUGCCCACUUUUGCACUUCAGUAGAUUUUCAUCAUACUGCUCCUUUUGUGAUUACUGGAAGUGUUGAUCAGACUGUUAAAGUAUGGGAGUGUCGCUAAAUUCAGCAUCGUACAUCAUAGUACGUUGUAACAGCCAAAAAAGAGUCAUACUUUUUAACAGCUGUAGCUGUCCACAACUGAAAUUAAUCCAAUUAUAGCUAAAUUAUUAUGUUUGUUUCUUUACUACAUUUGUGUAAGUAGUGUCUUUAAAUAAGUAAAUAAAUGAAAUAAACCGCUUGUGAUUUUCAACAUCUUUGACCUGAUUUCCUGCCAUUUUAUUUGAUUUUAAUUGAACAUAUUCAAAUAUUAAAUGGCUGGAAACUUACAUUUUAUGUACAGUUCUGUUUUGAUCAAGAUUUCGUCUUCAGAUGUUAUUGUUAGAAAAAAGUUGGAAGUUCUAAUUCAUUAAAUAUUUCCCUUCUUGGACUUAUAAUUUAUUUGGUUGUGUUCGAGUGAUUUCUGAAUGUCGGGCAUAUCAGCUUUAGUGUCAACCAAAUAAUAAAAGUAUGUUGUGUCUUGGGACUUUUCUAUGGUAUGCUUCCACCACAGUUUGAGCUAUAAAAGUUCUUAUGAGAUUUCUAUCUAGUGAUUUGUAUAAUUUUUCUUUGCAAAAAGAAAAAAAAAUACAUUUGUGUGGAGUAAUAUUACUUUUUCUCCAAAUUUCAAGCACAAACUCCUGCAUUGUAUUAGGCAAAAUGUAUUUAAAUGAAAAAAAAAAUCAUUUAUGUACAUCAGAUGUUUCUUGUUUAUUGUGUGUGUUCUUUUAAGGGUGUAAAAAAAAA